GCUGGGAAUGCUGUCAGUCUACUACACUUACAUCUUCACCUCUCUGGAAUUCUCUUUACUUCAGCUGGACGAUGUGGUGGACCAACGAGUCAACAUAGUCGGUUUUUCAGUCUUCAACAAAACACAUCCCUUCUUCCAGGAUUUUGUGCUAAGCCUAAACCGCUCCUGGCAAGAGAACUGUGACCAUGCACCCUUUGCUGGCACCCCACUCUCCUCAGCUCUGCUCUUUGAUGCGGUGUACGCGGUGGUGGCAGCCGUCCAGGAGUUGAACCGAAGCCAGAAUGUUGGUGCCACUCAGCUCUCCUGCAAGUCCUCCAAGAUCUGGGAACACGGCACCAGCCUCAUGAACUACCUGAGGAUGGUAGAAUUGGAAGGUCUAACAGGCCACAUUGAAUUCAACAGCAAAGGCCAGCGGUCUAACUACGCCCUGAGGAUCAUGCAGAACAGCAAGGAAGGACUAAGGCAGAUUGGCCUGUGGCAUUCCGAAGAUGGACUGUCCAUGGAGAGAAAGCUUCCAUCAAUCAAUGUGACAGACACCCUCUUCAACACCACUCUUACCAUCACGACGAUAUUAGAGAAUCCGUAUGUGAUGCUGCGACAGAACCACAAAGAACUGGAGGGAAAUGACCGCUAUGAAGGCUUCUGUGUUGACAUGCUGAAGGAGCUGGCAGAUAUUCUCAAGUUCAAGUAUCGCAUCCGGCUGGUUGGGGAUGGAGUGUACGGGGUCCCGGGAGCCAAUGGAACGUGGACUGGCAUGGUUGGAGAGCUCAUCUCAAGGAAAGCUGACCUGGCAGUAGCGGGCCUCACCAUCACGGCAGAGCGUGAAAAGGUCAUAGACUUCUCCAAGCCCUUCAUGACCCUCGGCAUCAGCAUCAUGUACCGCGUCCACCUGGGACGCAGACCGGGCUACUUUUCCUUCCUGGAUCCCUUCUCCCCUGGAGUCUGGCUCUUCAUGCUUCUGGCCUACUUAGCUGUCAGCUGCGUCCUCUUUCUGGUGGCCAGAUUGACUCCCUAUGAGUGGUACAACCCCCACCCCUGUCUGAAAGGUCGCUGUAACCUGCUGAUCAACCAGUACUCACUGGGCAACAGCUUCUGGUUCCCUGUUGGAGGCUUCAUGCAGCAAGGAUCCACAAUUGCUCCCAGAGCUCUGUCAACACGAUGUGUCAGCGGAGUUUGGUGGGCCUUCACAUUAAUCAUCAUCUCAUCCUACACUGCCAACCUGGCUGCCUUCCUGACAGUGCAGAGGAUGGAGGUCCCCAUUGAGUCCGUAGACGACCUGGCAGAUCAGACAGCGAUAGAGUACGGCACCAUGCACGGCGGAUCCACAAUGACCUUCUUUCAGAACUCUCGCUACCAGACCUACCAGCGCAUGUGGAACUUCAUGCACUCCAAGCAGCCCAGUGUGUUUGUGAAGAGCACGGAGGAGGGCAUCGCCCGCGUCCUCAACUCUAACUAUGCCUACCUGUUAGAGAGUACGAUGAACGAGUACUACCGCCAGAGGAACUGCAACCUGACGCAGAUCGGAGGACUGCUGGACACCAAGGGCUAUGGAAUUGGCAUGCCGCUGGGGUCAGUGUACCGUGACGAGUUUGACCUGGCCAUCCUCAAAAUGCAGGAGGACAAUCGUUUGGAGAUCCUCAAGAGGAAGUGGUGGGAUGGUGGCAAGUGUCCAAAAGAAGAGGACCACCGUGCCAAAGGUCUGGGCAUGGAGAACAUCGGCGGUAUCUUUGUGGUGCUGGUGUGCGGCCUGCUGGUGGCUAUCUUCAUGGCAGUGCUGGAGUUUGUCUGGAUGUUAAGGCAGGCGCCAGGAGAUGAGCAGUCAGUGUGCGAGGAGAUGCUGCGAGAGCUCCAGGGGAUCGUCCUGUGUCGCGACAGCUUGCAGGUGAGGCGUCGACGGUCUUCUUCAUUGAUGCGACCGCGCCCUUUACCCCUGGAGGAACGUCGGGCGCGAGCCGCUGCCGUCAGCCUCAGCAACGGGAAGCUGUGCGGGGGCACCGGACUGCCUGAACCCCUCUCCCACAGACUGGCGCAGGAGGCCGCUCUGGUUGCAAGGGGCUGCAGCCACAUCCGUAUUUGCCCUGAAUGUCGACGCUUCCAGGGAUUGAGGAUGCGUCCUGGAGGGGCCACAGGGACCCUCCCCUCUCCCACGCACAGUGAGGAGAGCAUAGAGUGGGACAAGACCACGAAUAGCAGUGAACCUGAAUAACGCCAAGUGAUUCUGCUUUUCAGGGAUCAGAGAUCACAUGGUGUUUUGGUUCAGCUGAUCAGAGUUUUAUCCUAAAGGGCAGGACGAUGCUGUGGACCUUGUUUUGCCCUGGAGGCACGGCCAGUUAGCAGUUUUGGAAUCUCCUUGGGUGAAUUUUUACCUUGAACACAGGAAAAACUGAUGAGUCUGUCUCAUUGUGGUCUGUCCCUGUUGGCCCUUUGUACCAUGUGAAACAGUAUGGACAGAAACGGCUAUGGGGCAUUUGUACUAUGCAGUAUUUUCAGUCAUUUAUCAUUGUGCUCUUUCCUUUUUUUCUUCUUUUUUAAAUUAUUUCUGUCCUCUGUUGGAUUAUCAGUACUGAAUAUUGUUAUUCAAUUCAAAAAACAAAAAACUUUAAAAAAGUUCCUUUUUUUUUUAUCUGUCAGUUUACUGUAUGAACAUAUAUUGCCUCUGAAGAGCUGCAAAGACAAACAAGUCAACCUUCAAGUCCUUUUAUUUUGAAAGUGCCAAAAACCAUGAGUAUAAUCUUGUGGCUGGAGAAAGCACCACGGCCUUGAGAAGACAACAAACUGAACCUAGAAUAACAAACAGAGACAUUCAGACAAACGGACAUUUUUUUAUAGUAGUGAUAUUCUAUUAAAAAAAAAAGUUUUAACUGUUGGUAUCUCUGAAAGACAGCGAUGCAUGUCCAGACGUGUUGGCAGGAGCUCGCUGAAUGAUCGUUUGCUGGUGGCUGAGUUGCUGAAAGAAUGAUUUCCUGUUUUGAAUACCUGCUUAAAAUGGUUAUUGCUUCACACAACACACACACACACACACACACACACACACACACACACACACACACACACACACACACACACACACACACACAACAUCCAUUAAUUCUCUUAUUCCAUCUGUCUGACAUCUUAAACACUAUGAAACAUUUAUUGUCUCUUCACUUGUCCUCUUUAUGAUCUCUCACUUAAAAAAAUAUAUCUACUGUCUCCUGCAUAGCACACUCUCCCUGUUAGAGGUUAGCACUGAUUUCCUCCAUCUCACAUAUUUAAAAAUGAUUCAGUUUUAUGAGAAUAAGCCGGUGUGGUAAUGAAACCCAAUAUAUAUCACAACCACAAAAAAAAUCUCCCUGGUAACAUAAAUGGGUUUUAUAUCAGCAGUUGACUAUCAUUCUGUUAAAUGUCAAAGCAGUUAAACUUUUAUUGGCUCUGAUGUUUACACACUGCAUUGGAGUAGUUCAGUUCAGAACAGCCUAGAGGCCCCUUGACAUUUUAAUUCUUUCAUUUCUGAAAACACUGCAAAUCUAACUGAAUGUUUUGAUCUGGCCCAAAGAGAAAACAUUUUUUUUUUUUUACUUGAAUGAUUUUGGAAGUGGUAAACAUCUAGGGCAGACUGAUAAAGUUGACAUUUAUAUUGCUUUAACUGUAUUCAUUCAUUUAUUUGUUUUUAUUUGCAACAUGUAAACCUGUGGUUCUCAACUGGACUAGCCUCAGGACCCACCACCUACUCCCAAGUAAGAAAAUCGUGAGCCAAGACGGUACAAAACAUGUAACAGAACAAAGAGAUGAAACAAAACAAACAUGCUUUAAAAGUAAUUUUAAGACACUUUUUUGACACUUGAAAACUAUUCCACUACCCACUUUUGGGUCCUGACCCACCAAUUGAGAAUCACUGAUAUAAUCCAUACUUAAAGAAGUAAAAUAAUAACACAAAAACCACCAGCAACAUUAUUCUUAAUUUACCUUGAGCAAAGACUGUGACUUAGUAUUUUCCCAUUGAACUGACCAUUUCGAUAGCCCGACUGUUGUACAGAAGGAAUCAGCAGUCAUCCUCAUGUCUACAUGCUUCUUUUUUAUUUCUGAUCUGGCCAUCAUUUAAAAAUAAUGCCCAUCAGGUGCCGUCAAUCAUCAUUCCUCAGAACUAGGCCACCAAACUCUACACCGCUUGAAGUUACUGCUGCAGUUCACUUUCUAUCAGUCAUUUUUCACCUGCAGGUUAUCUGCAUAUUCUCUUUAAAGUAGCAACCUCUUUCUUUCUUUUUAUUAUUAUACUUUAUUGUCCAUCAAAUCUCAUUAUUCAUAUGUCAUAAAAUCAAAACGGCUUACCCUACCUACACACAAAUCAAAACCUUUUCCUUUCCAAUCCAAACUUGCUCCCAGCAUCCACCCACGAACAAAACAAGGGUAGCAUAAUCUCUCUGAGACAUAAAGAAGUCAACUUACAUCCUUCUUUGUUCCUGAAUAUUCUGACAGCUCCAAGAUUCCCGUAUUAAGUUCUUUCAAACAACAAAGGCAUGAACAAAAAUGGUGUAAUACCAAUAAAAUAUCAAGGUGGCAUAUUCAUAGAACUCAGAUGCUAGAUUGACACUUAAAUUUAAAAAAAAAAAAAAACCUUGGACAAGAAUUGCCUAAAGGGACCUUGAAGACAUUAAAAACAUAAGCCAUAAUUGUGCAUCUAUAGUGUUACAAGUUGUAUCAUGGUAAAAAUGUGAGAAUUGAUGAAAUAUCAUAGGAUAACAAAAAUGAAUUAAUCUGAAGUACCCUGCAAUGUUACACACAUUGAUUUGAUGUGUUUGUCUAUAUGUGUAUCAUAUAUAUUUGUGUGUGUUCCAACUGUUGCCUUGUUGAAUCAUAGUUUUUUGUUAUUCACCAGCACAGUAACAUCUCUAUAUAUGACCUCACCCAAACUGCCUCUAUGUAUUUUGAGCACCUGUUCUUGCAUGAAGGGCUGUGAUUGGUGCGCUGUAUCAAAGGCUGGUGAACAGGUGAAACUGUGAUGAUCAGCUGCUGACAGACCUGGAGUAAACUGCAUUAUCAGCAUUAUUAUUCUUCUCCAGAGUUUCCAGUGAAUUCAUUGUUUUGAACCUUUUUUGCAACUGGAAUACUAAAUGUAUAUGGUUUAUUUUGUGUUUUUUGUGUGUGUGCCAUAUUUUUUAUGUUAGUUAUCUAGCUUCACACUCAGGUCUGCAGCGUGUCUGAAAUCCCACAAAAAUGCAGGGGUGUUUCAACCAGCACUGAAUCUGGCACCCCAAAGAAAUUAUUGGGAAUUCCAAAAGCAACUCACCUAGUUGUCAACUAAUUACCUGUUAACGUCUUACGGUGUGUAAAUACAGUUUGAUCAACAGGAGUCCCCAGUAAUGGUUCAUAGUGUUGUAACAGUCAUUACACACACACCUACAUGUGUAUCAGGAUUAUAUGGACACAUUAUCAGACAUUUAGACACAUACAAAUGCACACCAGUACAGUUUGUGAGCAUUUGAUUUAAAAAAAAAAAAAAAAAAAAAAAAAUCCUUGCAGACAGUAAACUUUCUAUAUUUCUUUAUAUAUUAACUUGUUAAAGGGAAAUUGCCAAGAAAAUAGCAAAGAAAGAAAACCAAAUUUCUUUAUGCGUUUUAUAAAAGAAGUUUCUAUCCAUUUGCUGAAUGUUACUUUGAAACUCAUGAAAGUGUGGCUCUCGCUGCACCCGAUGCUAACUCCUUAAAUACUCAAAACAUUUACAGGGGUGCUAAAUCAAGCGUAGUUGGAAUGAGAUUGCCAAUUACCUUGAAGGCAGGACAAGCAGUGCAGUACGAAUUAAAACAAAUCCCUCUGAAACACUGGACAGCCUUCGCUGGGAGACCUCUGAGUCAGAUGGCAGGGAUUGGCUGCUAUAUUUUAUAUGCUUUAUUUUCUUAUGUUGACAUUUUUAUCCCAUUAUAAAUACAUUUCUAAAAACAACCUUCUGUGGGGGUUCUGGGUUUGUCUUUUCUUUUACUCUGAUUUAUACGACCUUCUAAUCUGGUUAGAUCUGCCAUGCUUAAAAGCCUCUGAGUGCACACUGUUUUCUAAGUUUAAUAUUCAGCCAGGAGAAAUAUUCAGACAGUGCUCAUGUUGUAUUUUUUGCAUUAUGAGGAUACAAGGAGUUUCUUGCUUAACGUGAUGAUUUGUUGGGUGAACCAGAGGGAAAUGAUGCAUUAACCUCCCCUUUCUCUCCAGGAGCUGAAUCAACAUCUGCACACUUGUGAAUCUGUUAAAGCGCUGAGAAUUUGCGUGGGUGUGAUGUUUUAACGUGGGGGUAAUGAGUUUAGCAACUCACUCGUGCUAUAUUUGCAUCCACUCAGCCGUAGUCCAUCCAUCAAUGCUAUUUUCAGUGGAUGUUUCUGCCUUCUCAGGAUAGUGAGUGAAGGCCAAACAACAAACUGCAUCUAGUUAAUGGUUUCAUUCCAAUCUCUCUCUCUGUCUCGCUCUCAUCUCUGAGUGCCAGUCUCCCCAUCUCUCCAUGACAAGUUUACUCACCAACUGCACGUCUCAGUGCAUCUCCCCUGCACCUACGGAACUCUUAACAAGAGUGACAAACACACCUCAGCCCUCGCUGCCACCUGUAUGUCACUGCCGUGUCAAGUUUAUUUAACCACGCUCAUGCCUCUGCUGCUCCAGGUUCAUAAACUCAUCGCAUCUCAUCCCACCAGUGACGUGCUGAACUGCUGCUAGCUUUAUGGAGGCCACGUUGAGCACCGAGUGCCUGCAGGGGUGUGUGCAAAUCUGCUUCACUCCUCUUUGCUCUUGAUCUGCUUUCACUUCUACGAUGCCUAAACCUGACACCUGAGACGUUUAUAUACAUUUUUUUAUAUUAUUCAUUCAUUCCUAGACUUGUAUUCAGAUUGACUUAAUUACUUUCUGACAGCAAUUUUGAAAUCUAUUCAUACCAUUUUCACAGCCAAGAUUGCAUCUCUUUGUCAUACACCUGCUUUCUCUUUUCUGACAGCAGAUUUCCCAAGGUUAACAGCCCUGCACGUGUACAUCCGCCCCAUAACAACCACUAAUGAGCAGCUAUUCUAAGGACACCAAUUGAGAGACAAAGCAAAUCAGUGGAACCAAACUAAUUCACAGUGAGACAGGCACACAUUUUUAUAAGUGAGGGCUUUCCUAUUGAUUUGCUUGCAGUCAAUUGCAAAAGGCUUGUUGUUGUUGAUGUUGGGGUGUACUUAAAGAAAAGGUAUUCAGAAAGAAAGAAUACCAUCCAAGGUGAAGGACUGUCGAGGCUGCUAUACAGCCUUUUGUUGUUGACAGCUUCUGUUGAGCUUAUUGACCAAAACAUCUUGGCAUUGUUUGUCUUUCAGAGAA